UUGUGUUGCGGUUUGGUCAUUUUAUGUGAGCAGCAUCUUGAAGCAGGGGAGAGAAGAAACAGCGGAGAGUGUCUGCAGUUAUUGACACAGUAUAAUAAUAAUAAUACUGGUUAACAGCGGCAGCAGCAGCAUGAGCAGCGCAGCGUAUCCCCCCCCCUCUGCACCCCCGGCCAACAUGUUUGGCACCGUGCCCGGCUAUGAAGGCAUGGCAGCAGCAGGAGGAGGAGGUUACCUGCCCCCUCCUAUGCCCCUGCAGCCUGUGGCCCCGCCCCAGCCCACCCCCGAGCCUGAGGACUGGAGCAUCCCAUCUCUGUCUGAGGAUGAUGCCCGUGAUGCGUUCAAGGACUAUGUGUCGUCUCACUGCUGCUACAAUAAAGGUCCUGCCAGCGAUGGAGUCAUCACCAAAAUGGAGCCGUACGACACGUACAGGUAUCGACUGGAGACGUAUACUGAGUCCAGGUCAACUGAGUGGGCCACCAAACCUCAUGAAGGUGAGCCGGCUGACUUCUACACUCAGACCGCCCCCCGACCCUGGGAGGUCCCGGCCACCGCCCCGAAUCUCUUCACCAAUCACACGGAGGAGAUCCGCGUGCCCUACACCUCCUCCGUCAAGGACUGCAACAGCUGCCAUUCCACAGGGACGAUGCCGUGUGAUGAGUGUCAUGGAGAUGGAUCUAAAGUCUGCUGGGUGUGUAACGGCUCUGGGAAGAGAGGCGAGGAGAGCUGCACUCAAUGUGACGCUUCAGGCAAAGAAAGGUGUGAUAAGUGUGAUUCUAGAGGAACGAAGGAGUGUGAAACCUGUAAAGGAAAACGACAACUGCUGACCUACAUCCAGCUCAAAGUGGAGUGGACUAACAAUGUGGAGGACCACGUGGUGCGGCAGGACUCUGGUCUGGAGGCCGAUGAUCUUCGUUCAGUGACCGGGAAGGAGCUGUUUAAGAACAACCAGUAUCUGCUCUACCCGCUGCUCGGCUUCCCCAACCCGGCCAUCUCUGAGGCCUCUGAGAAAAUGGUCCGAGAACACCAAAGCAAGUACGCUCAGAACGCCAGGAUCCUGCAGCAGAGGCAGACAGUGGAGCUGAUCCCCAUCACUAAGGUGAAGUACAAGUGGAAAAGUGACUCUCACAAGUACUACGUCUACGGCAACGAGCGUAUGGUGGACUGCGACAAAUACCCUGCAACCUGCUGCUGUGUCAUCCAGUAGACACACACACACUGUAACAAACUGUUAUUCUGUUUCUUUUUAAACCUUUAACAAAUCUCUACUCAAACGUUCAACAUUUUUCUGGUGGUUCCCACAUGUGGCCGGGUCCCACUUUUGCAUAUAAACCUGUAUUUUGUGUAUGCUUAAACACGCACAAAUGUUUUCCUGUAAUAAAGAAUGAAUUUUUUUAAUAUUAUCUCAAAUUAAUUCAAUAGUUAAACUUCAGUAUGUAACGUUUUACACAAAAAGGAAGGGAUAAUUAACCUUAUCGAUAUGGCAUUGAGUAUUUACAUUUGUGUUCUAGUUAAUAUUAAAAAGUACUCAACACUAACUUAAUACUCCUGUAGGGACUCCGUUUCUAAGUUUUUUUUUUGUGUUUCCAUAACUAUUCUGACUCUACCUCCUGCUCAGAGUUAGUGAUGCUCCACCAGGUGUUCUAAUAAGAAAACAAACAUAAUUUAAUCAUUUAUAUUGAGAUUUUAUUUAUAGAGAUUUUAAAACGAUAACUAAAUUGUCGAUAACAAAUAAAAUAAUUGUUCUACAUUCAAACCACACUUUGGUAUCCCUUUUUUGUCCCUGUAUGGAUACCUGUGUGGACCAACACGACCACCAACCAAAGACAUGCCAGUAUGUACCAUGUAGUGUCCUCAGUAUUGUAUUGAAAGCGCAUAUGUCCAAAUCAUUGCUGUUUCAAGAACAAUCAACAGUUUUGACCAAAAAAAGACUGCAUCAUGUGUGUGGGAUCUGUGUAUUUUAACAACAGAAACCGGCUCACCUGGUCUCUACUUCUCUUUUUCUACCUGUGGGUUAAUGUUUCAUGAAAGUAAAAAGGUGUUAAUGGCCAAAUGUAUCUGCAUGUGCUCAUGAAUAUUUGAUGCUUUGUGAUAUACUUGUAGCUUAUUUUGAGAGCAAGCAUGGUGUUAUGUUUACAGCUGACUGUCUGUCUUGUCUUCAGCUGACAUUCACUACAGGAUGAAAUGUACAAGUUGUCCCUUUUUAAACUGCCUUCCUGUUUCACACCAGAGCUCUUGCAGAGGGUGCUUUGAUGAUGUAUCUGUGACAAAUAGGACAAUGCCACUUCAUGUUUACAGCUGCAACCAGGCUUAUGCAAAAAACUGCAAUUCUUUACAUGACCCCCAUGCUAAGAUGCUUACCUUUACAGCAGUAGUAAAAAAUGUAACAGCCUGGAACAAAAAUUGUGUUGGUCUCUAUAGCUAAUUUCCCCCUUCAUGAUAACUGUUCUUGGGGUAUCUUUUUAUAUCAUCUAUUUAAAUUAUAUUAAGGCUUAAAAUGACAAAUCAUGUCAAACCACAGACUUUAUUUCAGGCAUCUAACCAAAAACACAUUAACAACCAGAAGCUGUAGAAUGCUAACUUGUUUCCAGCUUUUAGGACUCCUAGAUACAUGCACCUCUCUAUUAGGGGUGUGGAUGUUUUGAGUGACAGGUGCUAUCUCAGGUCGCUAACCGCUAGCUGUCCACUGUGCUGUGUGACCCGGGCUGCCUUUAUAGACCAACAAUGCCUGGCUUUAGAUUAGCCUGGCAGUUAGAGGUGGUGGCACUGCCAAGAUGGCUACCUCAGAAACCAAUUGGUGACGUUGCAGGGACUACGUCCAUUUUUAUGCAGUCUAUGGUUUUAAUCUUAAUCUAUCGUUGAAAUAUAUGUUAAUUUACUAAAUAUAAUCAAUUCCUUCCAUCUUGCAUUUUAUAAUAUCAAUGUUGUUUAUCGUUAAGGGUUUAAGUUAUACUCCUUCUUUUCAAUAGAAAACACUUCAGCAGUCGACUGUUUAUUUCAUGAAGACAACCUUAAUGUGACUUUGUCUAAACUCAAAUGCUAGUGUGAUGUGACAAACUUUGUAUUGUGUGUAAUGUUAAUGCCUUAAACAUUACUGUGACUAACACACAGCUCUGCUUCUAACCUGAUGGACCUGAUAUAGCUAACUCUUGUUAGUACUGAAUAAUACUCUGGAAACAGCAUGGAGCCCCAAAACUUGUUCAAGUAAAAGUACUUAUCUGAGAAAUAAAAAUUAUAACAAAUAAAUCUC